CGACGAUUUUGACACCUUACCUUGGAUUCAGCGACCCAUUCGGCUCAUUGCUUGUAGUGAAGAUCAUACUCCGGAAGACCAUCAUGAGGGCGCUUGUACUCGAUGCCGAGGGCAGAACUGCUGAUGUUCAGGACAUUCGACUGCCAGUCCCAGCUUCACACGAGAUUUUUGUGCGCGUCGAGGCGAUCUCACUCAAUCCAAUUGAUUCGCUGUACGUCGCGCAUCCGCUUGCAAGCUCAGGACGGACAAUUGGUAGCGACUUUUCGGGAACGGUCGCCGCUGUCGGUUCGCAAGUACCGUCGACCGAGAUCGUCUAUGGAGAUCGUGUAGCCGGGUUUCUCCAGGGCGCUUGCAGCGUCAAUGAUCGGCCGGGCGCCUUUGCAGAGUAUCUGGUCGUUCCUUGGGAUCUGGUUUGGAGGGUUCCAGACAGCUUAACCAUCGAGGAAGCUGCAGGUGUGAGCCUGGUAGCUUUGACAGCAGCUCAGGGUGUUUGGUAUCGACUUGGUCCCGACGCCCCGUUUGCAUAUGUCACAAAUUCUGUGAAGCAAGAACACCCACAUGACAGACUAGAUGCACAGCCGGAUACGAUUAACUUCCUUGUAUAUGGAGCUUCUACUUCGGUUGGCUUAUACACGGCUCAGUUGGCAAGACUCAGUGCAAGGCCGAGUGGACGUGCGAUCAAACUGUUUGGGGUGGCAAGCAAGGCCCGGUGGAGCCUGUUGAAGGCAGAGCCAUACAACUACGAUUACCUUGUGGAUUAUCGCGAUUCAGAUUGGCACGAGCAGAUUUGGGCGCUGUCAGCCGGAGAGGGGAUGCACUAUGUCUACGACGCCAUUUCAGAAGGCGACACAGUACGUCGUAACUCAUCCACUUUGGCACCAAACGGUCGCAUGGCCAUCGUCAGAUCUCGAGAAGGUGGUGCAUGGAUAGCCAGCAACAUGUCAAUCGAACCGAUAUACGGAGCGGUGUGGGAGGGGCUCGGAGAAGAAGUCCAGUAUCAGGGUUUCACGGUCCAGAAGUCACCAGCUGCUCGAAAUUUUGCUGUGCAAUUCUACCGAUGGUUGAGCACAGCCGUAGGCUCAGAGUUGAAGCCUGUCUCGAUUAGACUUAUGCCAGGUGGAUUGAAUAGGGUGGUGGACGAUGGUCUCGAGUUACUUGGGGCUGGCAUUAUGGAAGAGAGACGAUUGACUCGUGAGGAAGUGUGGAUGAGACCUGUCAGUGCCGAGAAGUUGGUUUACAGAAUUCAGGAUUCACUGAAUGUUUCCGAAUCGACCGCAUAGGAAUCUCAAUCUACACUCCGUAUCCAUAGUAGACUACUGGGCAGUUUAGGUGCCUGGACUCGCCGCUUUGUUUAGGAUUUCGACUUGCAUGUCGAUCGUCUGGAACGAGUACCGAAUGUGGCUUUGG